AUGGCCGAGAUUGACCUCAACACCAAGAACGGCGUCGUCGCCGUCGUCAUCUGCGUCUUCCUCAGCAUCGCCUACUACAACGUCCUCGAGCUCAACGUCCACAUCCUCACGUCCUUCAAGAAACGCAGUGGCCUUUACUUCUGGAGCUUCGUUAUUGCGACAUGGGGUAUUGCGUUCAAUGCUACUGGGUAUCUGUUCAAACACCUGGGCGUCGUGGCGCAGCCGCACGUCUAUGCGACUCUUAUUCUCAUCGGCUGGUGUGCGAUGAUUACGGGACAAUCGGUUGUGCUGUACUCGAGGUUGCAUAUUGUUAUGCAUAAUCAGAAGUGGCUGCGGUUGGUGCUGUACAUGAUCAUCUUCAAUGCUGUCUGGCUGCAUCUGCCCAUCAUCGUCUUGGUCUAUGGUUCUAACUCGGGGAACCCGGGUCCCUUUGUGAAGCCAUACGACAUUUUCGAAAAGAUCCAGUUGAGUGUCUUUUUCAUCCAAGAACUCAUCAUCUCUGGUCUCUACGUGUGGGAGACUACCAAGCGGCUCAACCUCGAAAAGAGUAUCGGCAACACUCGAACCCGGACCGUCAUGAACCAUCUAGUCUACGUCAACGUUAUCGUCAUCCUACUCGAUGUAACUAUCCUCGCCCUCGAAUUUGCGAACCUAUACAGCAUCCAAACCGCAUGGAAGCCGCUCGUUUAUAGCAUCAAGCUCAAGCUCGAAUUCAGCAUUCUCAACCGCUUGGUCGAGCUGACCCGUGGCGGAAGAGGCGGCAGCUCCUACACUCGCAGCCAGGGAGCUCACGAUGUGGCGCUGGAGACUUUCAAUGGCGAAAGAUCCAGGCAUGUUACCGGAACUGAUGGGCAGACAGCCCCCGAGUAUGAGGUUCGAGUCGGAAAGGGAGAUCAAAAUCACGGAGGUUCACAUACGCAUGGCCCUGAUUCCUACAUGAAAACGACCGAAAUCACAGUCCACACUCAUCGAAGGAGGAGUAACAGCGAUCGGGAUAGCGACAGUAUCCGGGGGGCACCGGACAAAGCAAACGGGGAUGCAUCGUCUACGUCAUCCGAAGUCCAGUUUGCAAGAUAUUAG